UGUUUCUUCCACACCAUUAUUCCUCUUCUCUUUCUCUCACUCUAUUUCCGUACUUCCCCCUCCCAUUUUACCACCUUGAUUUUGAUUAAUAAUAGCAUGUCUUUGUUUGGCGCAUUAAUUACAUUAAAAUUAAACUACUUAUGUUUCAUGGAUACAUAUAAUCCUGUUUCGAUAUCUUAAUUAUAACAUUAUGGUUUGUACAUUAUGAUUAUAAAAUUCACCUCUAAAACCUCCAUAAAUCAUCUUAAUUGUCUAAUCCAAAAAAAAAAUUGCAUGUGUGUGAAAUAUUAUGAGCUCUACAACAUAACUCAUUCGCACCUACAGCAUCAACUCUAUAGGCUCCUCUACAUGCGUAGGACCCCUCUCUCUCUCUCUCUCUCUCUCUCUCUCUCUCUCUCAUACGCGCACAAAUCGCGAGUUUGCUAUAUAAGUGUCUCCCUUGCAGACUUCCAUGGCUACAAUCCUUCGUCUUCUUGAAUCUAUAUCCUCACAUGGGGAGACAAAUAAACAAGAGGAAACGAGUAAUUUCUACCGAACCAAACAGGAACCCGACAGCGGUUUUCGCGAGAAGAUACGCCAACCAUUUAGUCCCAGCUCUCAAGAAGAUCAGCAUGAGCAAGCCUUCUUCGGGAAACGACCAUCUCCGAGAGUUCUGUCUUUCAGAACUUCACGAACAAAACGUGAAGCAUGAAGUCGAUAUGGCAUUGGCCUUGUCGGCUCAAGAAUUCGCUUGGAGCCGUUUCUUGCGACAGAAGUUAUCUUGCCCUGGUGAACCCACGAGUAGUUCUUCUAGCCCUAACCAAAGCUUCUGCUUCGAUGAGGCGAAUAUUCUAGAAAGAUCCCAGAAACGAGGCAAAGAAGAAGAAGAGACAAGGAAGAGGCUGAGAGAACUGCAGAAGCUUCUUCCGGGAGGAGAAGAAAUGGGUGUGGAAGAAACGUUAAGUGAGAUUGGGAGUUACAUUGGGUGUCUUGAGUUGCAGAUGCUUGUUCUUAAAUCUCUUGUCGAAUAAAUUUACUUUUUUAUGUUAUUUUUUUCUUUAAUUUGUUUGUCAUUAAGU